GUCAAGUUGUGGUCAGGUGUCGUACCCGUACCGUAUGUCAUUGUGGUGCUAGCCAAGUUAGCAUCAACGGCUACAUACACGAUUCUGUUAAGACUUUUGUGCUAGUUAAAUGCUGUAUACAUUCUAUAUAUUCUGUAUUUUAUCGUGAGGUACGUGAAGAAAACAGUUGCAUUGCCGUAUAUGUCCCGCUAAAUGUUUAAAUAAUGACAAGGUUGUUGUUGUUUUUUAAAAUAAUGACAAGUUAAAGUGAAGGGUUGGGCGUAUGUGACGUCAUCAAAUAGCGUGGCAUUUAUCAUAAAGUUGGACCAACCUGACGCACAAAAAUCUCAUGUGGUAAUUAGCAGAAGUGGGAACAAGUCAUUGCUUUGCAAGUCACAAAAAGGGGAAGGAUUGAAGGACCACCAUGGUUAACUUGACCACAGAGCUCAUAGCCAAGUCCAGGAACAACUUCAAGAAAAAAAGAGGCCUCUCCCUCCAAGAGUAUCUUAGGACCCUCACCCACCUCCACUUAUCUGGGCACAACAUUGAGUACAUUGGCGACCUCUCCACAUGCCGCAACCUGAGCGUCCUCUACCUGUACGACAACCGCAUCACGCGCAUCCAGAACCUGGACUACGCUUGCAACCUGACCCAUCUGUACCUGCAGAACAACAACAUCACGCACAUUGACAACCUGGCCCAUCUGCAAAAUCUCUCCAAACUCUACCUGGGCGGUAACAGCAUCUCACUGGUGGAAGGUUUGGAGCGCCUGGGCAAGCUGGAGGAGCUGCACGUGGAGAGUCAGAGGCUCCCCCCCGGGGAGAAGCUGCUUUUUGACCCCAGGACCCUGUGCUCCCUGGCGACAUCUCUGUGUGUCUUCAACAUCAGUAACAACAAUAUCGACGAAAUCCAUGACCUGGCCGUGCUGAAGGAAAUCAAACAUUUUUACGCCGUUGACAACAAGCUGCACAACGUGGAGGAGCUAGAGGACGUGUUGGGGUCCUGGCUUUGGCUCUUUCAAAUGGAUUUACGCGGAAACCCUGCAUGUAAAACCGCUAAGUACAGAGACCGAAUGAUCAUGGCCUGCAAAAAACUCAAAGUACUGGAUGGCCGCGACAUUCAGGAGGUAACCAGACAGUUCCUCGUCAACUGGAAGGCAUCCAAACAGGCUAAGAAGAAGAAGAAGGAGACGGUACCAUUGAACUCCCCUCCAGUAACAAAUAACGUUAGCAUGGGUCAGGGUGCCCGUCCAGCUCACGUCUGCUGCCACAUUCACGCGCAAGGGUGGAAGCCGCAACAGCAGCCUCACAGGGUGCAGCAGUUAAAAAGCUCUCUGUACAGACAGCUCAACCACAUGGCCGUCAGACGUACAUAAAUAAUUAAUUACAUAGCUUCAAUGGAUGAACUAAAAUGAGUUUGAGUGUUUUUUUGCGGCUCUUUCAGUGUAACUUGCUGUGAGUGCAUGAAUCAGUGGGAGAUUUAACAUAAAAAAGUGACUUCAA